CCGGAUAUCCGGUUGCUCCGUUGAUCAACGUCAGAGUCACACCAGUUAGUGGACAUUUGUGGAGUUUUUUUUGGAGCAACAUUUGCUUGUCAGUCAGAGGCAAAAGUCCACAGCUGGGUCGCACCACAACACUACAAACAUGACCAAGCAUGAGUUUGAGGUGGCGAUGACGUGUGAGGGAUGCUCCGGAGCUGUGACCAGAAUCCUCAACAAACUGGAAGAUGUGAAGUUUGAGAUCGACCUGCCGAAGAAGCUCGUCUGGAUUGAGUCCGACAGAGACGUGGAGUUUCUCACGGACACGCUGAAGAAAUGCGGGAAGGAGGUCAAGUACAACGGCACCAAGUGAAGGAGGAUGUGCUUCACGGAGCAGGAAAUCAUGGCUGCUGAUCCAAAAUGAAGAUUUAUGCUGCAACUGAAG